GGCAGGACCUUUACGCGGAUGGAGGAGCAAAAUAAUUGACAAUAAAAACAUAUCGUAUGCCUCCGACAAAGUGAAGGCGAUUUGUGCAGCAGUUUCAGCCGUCACAUUAUCAAUGAUACAGUUUUUUCCCCAAGGCGUCGUUUGAAGCUUUGAAGUCGGUGACAGCUGUUUUGAUUCGGAGAAAUGGAGCACAUCCGUACGCCAAAGGUGGAGCAGGUGCGGCUGCUGGAUCGCUUCAGCAACAAAUCCACAAAUGGCACACUGUACCUCACAGCUACACAUCUCAUCUUUGUGGAGAGCAGCUCUAACUCUAACAACUCAACCUCUGCUGGACAGGAGAUCUGGAUUUUGCAUCACCAUAUAGCCUCUGUGGAGAAGCUCUCCCUGACCACCACAGGCUGUCCUCUGGUCAUCCAGUGUCGUAACUUCAGGGUAGUUCAUUUUGUGGUACAGAGAGAAAGAGACUGCCACGAUAUCUACAGCUCACUUCUGCGUCUUCUACGGCCUGUAUCCUAUGAGGAGCUCUAUGCUUUCUCCUACAACCCCAAACAGAAUGACCAACAGAGAGAGGAAGGAUGGCAGCUCAUCGACCUGGGGGCGGAGUUUGAGAGGAUGGGCGUCCCCUGCGACCAAUGGCAGCUCACAGAUGUUAACAGAGACUAUAAGGUGUGUGAGACAUAUCCACGGGAUCUGUAUGUUCCCAUCACAGCCAGUAAGCCUAUCAUCGUGGGGAGUUCCAAGUUCAGAAGCAAAGGACGCUUUCCCGUACUCACAUACUUCUACCAGGAGAAAAAGGCAGCAGUGUGUCGAUGCAGUCAGCCUCUCUCUGGGUUCAGUGCACGAUGCUUAGAGGACGAGAGCAUGCUGCAGGCCAUUAGCAAAGCCAAUCACAACAGCCGAUUCGUCUAUGUCAUGGAUACAAGGCCAAAGUUGAAUGCACUAGCUAACCGAGCAGCAGGUAAAGGCUAUGAGAACGAAGACAACUACUCCAACAUCCGCUUCCAGUUUGUUGGUAUCGAAAACAUCCAUGUAAUGAGGUCCAGCCUGCAGAAACUGAUAGAAGUGAUCGGGACUCGGUCUCUCUCCAUGAGUGACUAUUUGGUUGGCCUGGAGAACAGUGGCUGGCUCCGGCAUAUCAAGGCCGUUGUUGAUGCAGCUAUCUUUCUCGCCAAGGCGGUGGCAGUGGAAGGAGCCAGUGUAUUGGUUCAUUGUUCAGACGGAUGGGACAGAACGGCCCAAGUCUGCUCCCUGGGGGCAUUGCUCAUGGACCCUUACUAUCGUACCAUCAAGGGCUUCAUGGUACUGAUAGAAAAAGACUGGAUCUCCUUUGGUCACAAGUUUGCUGACAGGUGUGACCAGCUGGAUGGGGAUCCAAAGGAGGUGUCUCCUAUCUUCACUCAGUUCCUGGAGUGUGUCUGGCAGCUGACGGAGCAGUUCCCACAGGCAUUUGAGUUCAGUGAGUGGUUCCUGCUGCAGAUCCAUGAACACGUCCACUCCUGUCAAUAUGGAAACUUCCUUGGCAACAAUCAGAGACAGAGAGAGGAGUUACAGCUCAGAGAGCGGACGCACUCACUGUGGGCAUUUCUAAUGAGCGAAAAACAGAACUACUUGAAUCCAUUCUACAGCCCUGCAUACUCUGAGGCACACCCUGUGUUGGAGCCUUCCACCCUGCCAUAUCAUUUCAAGUUCUGGAGGAACAUGUACCACCAGUUUGAUCGGUCCAUGCACCCACGUCAAUCCAUCCUUAAAACUGUUCUGACUCUGAGAGAGAACAGCCGCAAGGCAGAGAGCACGUUGCAAGCACUGGAGACUAGGCUCCAACAGCUCGGUAUGACCCCUGUUACAACCUUUGAACUGCCUGCGCCGCCCCCCACCAGAGAUCAGCGAUCCAACUCUAACUCUCUCCCGCCACGUCCCGACUCCCUCAUUCUGGGGGCACCCAUCAACCACAAAGAAGUGCAGCGGCGGGUGGAGGAGGAGAAUGAGCAAGAGGAGGUGGGCGAGGAGGCAUCGGAGAGCACCGACACGGAGCGGACGGUAGAGGGCAGCAGUGGCACCGAGAGCAGGAAGCAGAGCUAUGGCGAGCUGGAAGGGACAUACAACAAGGAUCUGGCCAAAGAAGAGCCAGCUGUUGUCAGUCUGGAGUUCGGAGUGGCACGCAUGACUUUCUGAGACCAAAUAGUGGUAUUCUGGGAUACUUAGGGGACAGGUGUGACUCAGAGCUUACUGAAAGUGUGUGCAUGUCAAGGGGAAGCUGUCGUUCUGUAUGCGAUUACGUGCUGAUUACGCAGUGGUCCUGAAUGGGCCGAGUGGAUGAAGUUGUAUGUCUGUAUAGUCUCUAAAUCUCUAUGGAAAGCCUCAUUAUUAUGUCAUAUAUCACACCUAUAAGAAAAAAAUGUUUGUUUUUUUUAAUGAAUGUUGAAACGCACUAUAGGGAGGUAAUGAAUAGAAAAAGAGAAUAAAUUCAUCCAAAAAAAUGGUGGUUCUUCCAGUUUGUUUCUAAUUCAUUUUUGAAAAUAAAUGAACCUGAUAGUGCAAGCAAAUGGUCACAUUUCUCAAUAUGAAAACCUGCACAAAAUCUAAUUUUUUUUUGGCACCACACAUUUUUCAUCUCAUCCAAAGGCUUGAAUCCAAAGUAAUCCGAAUGUUGCGUAUGACUUAGGCUGAUUUGGCUCUGAUUGGACAGGCUGAAAAAAAAAUAAAACAUCACAUUCUACAUCAUUAAAGAUAAUCUACCACUGUAAGUUACCAAAAUUUGCCAAAAUUUGGCAACUAUGCCACUAACUAUCUGACUAAAUAUAAAGUUAGAUUUGUUUUUCUAAGUAGUCAGCAGUUGUUUCACUUAUUUAACUAUUAACGUGACAACGGACCAGGGACAGCUGUCAACUGUCGUCUUAAUUGAUCGUUUAAUCCUAUUUCACCUCUCACAUUGAUCAGAUAAUCUGACUUCCUAACGCACAUUGAUCGCAAAAUCCUGUUGGUCUUGUCUGUCUGCCAUGUCCGUGACUUACGAUUUAUGACAGCUGACCGUGAACACGGGGUCACUGUCACACAUACACUGAGAAUAGGUUCAAAGUUCUCAGUAAGGACAAUGUGUUUGUUUUUCUAAGUAUUGUCAAAUGCAAAACAUGAUUGCUAAUACAUGCUUUUUCUUUAAUAUUCUUUUAGGUGUUCUGAGGAUCAUCUAAAAUGCCAACGCUGGAUGCUGAGAUACUUUUGGGAUAAGUACAUCAAGAUAAAAUUAUUAUUAAUGUAGAAAUGCCCUGUCUUGGAACAAGAGUUUAUUAUACACCCUUAUUUUAACUGGGCUAUGUUUACUGCCCUGGGGAUGUAGCAUGUGAAAUUUAGGCCACAAGUUCACAUUUAUUUUUGAGCCAGACUGCUUGUUUUGGGCCAGAGACCAUAAUAAUUCUGUAUUAAUUCCAGACUAAGGUUGUAAGUUCACUUCAUACCAGAGCUCAGAAAGGAUUUGAUCUUCACUGGAUUUGAUUUACUGUACAAGCAAAUAUUUUCUUCAAUCAAGUCGCCACAGGAGGGCAAGAUGGAGGGUAAUGUUAGGGAAAGCAGUUUAUGUGGGGUGCGUGUUUCUUUGCUAUGCAAAUUCAUGACUAUGUACGUCUCUCUUGUUUGUACGUUGCUUUACAUGCCACUCAAGGCAACUCUGUUGACUCUGCUGUGCUUUAUCCAGCCUGUGUGUGUAUUAAAUACUUAACGGAAUUUGUGCUUAGAGCUUUGGCAGUGAACUUCCACCCUGAACACCACUCUUCGCCCUUUUUCACAUACUGUAGAAACAAAUGAAGUUUUGUACUUACACACACGAACACAUUCACACAGCCACAAACUGAUCACUGGUCUCAAUUUAAAUUCCUAUCUUACAGUGUAAAGGUUAAUUUCAUAAUGUUGCUUGAAUAUGUGUUCAUUUGUAUAACAUUAAUAGAGUCAUUCAAAGUACACUUUGCAACAUCAAAGCAUUAUUUACUGUAGGAUAUUCUGGAGUAUGUGACACUGUGUCACAGCUCUGAGUUAAGGCUCUCUUCCUGUAGCCUACUUGUGCGUGUUAUCUCACAUUAAACAUUGAGAAGUCUCUUCCAGAGACAAGAUGCCGAGGGCUCUCCCAGGGUUCUGAAUCAUUCAGAUGUGUACUGCACGCUAUGCUGGUAGAACACCCCUGACGACAAGGAGGGAACACUGGACUUACACUCAACCUAAGCACAUCCAGUGCUCAUGUAGAACAUCCAUAGGUACACAUAAGUAUGCAUACUAUACACACACACACACACACAGAUGUUGUACAUGCAGGUUGUAGGUGUCCAUGUGUGUGGGUUUGUCUUGUAAAAAAAGGUUUGUGUGGGUCUCUCUUUCCCUAGGCAAUCUGACUAAAAUCCCCUACCUGCUCAUAAUUCACUCAUUUUCCCUGACAUCAGUGUAAACUGUUCGACGAUUAUACCGAUCUUGAGGUGGAUUUCCAGUCAAGACAUGAUGAUUGCUAUUUAUAAUCAGGGCCUCUCAAUUCUGGAAGUUCCUGUCCGACGUGCUGAGCCUUGCAGAACAAGUGACAUGUUUUAAAUCACUUCUUGAAGCAUAUCUUUUCAAAAAAAAAGCCUUUUCCUAAGUCAUCAUUCCAAUAUUUGUUAUAUUUAUAUAUAUAUUUGACCAUUCACCAUUUUAUUGUAAUUUGUUUUAGUAUUUAUUUUUAUUGUUGUCAUUCUCUGUACUUUUAAUAGCCUGAUUCUAGCUCAUUGCUCUAAUUUUUUUUUUUGCCU